AUGGAUCCCCAUCAACAGGUUUCAACGCCGGACAAAAUCACUAAUCCUAUUGCUGUUGAAGCUGUGCCCGUUGAGAAGUCAAAACCAAGAUGGUUCCAAUGGCAUGAGCCGGGCACCUCAAGGGAAGAGAAGAAGUUAAUCGCGAAGCUCGAUUGGUUUCUCUUGUCUUACAGUUGCCUGUGCUUUUUCAUGAAACAGCUGGAUGCGAAUAAUGUAUCUAAUGCAUAUGUCUCCGGGAUGAAGGAAGAGCUCCAUUUUGGGAAAGGCAACGAAUUGAGUUGGAUGAAUACCUAUUUUAACAUCGGGCAGAUUCUUGGGGGGCCAAUCGCAAAUAUGAUUAUCACGGUAAUCAGACCCCGAUAUUGGCUUCCAUCCUGUCUGCUAGUCUGGUCAAUAUUCGUGCUUUUCCUCUUUAAAUGCGAGACAGCCUCGGAAUUCUACGCGUUAAGAUUUUGUAUCGGUCUGUUCGAGUCAGCCGCUUCGCCCGGUAUUCAUUACGUUCUCGGAUGUUGGUACAGAAAAUCCGAGCUCGGCAGACGAAGUGCUCUUUUCGUCAUUUCGGGUGUUCUUGGUCAGAUGUUCUCGGGAUACUUGCAAUCGGCGUUGUAUUCUGGUAUGGAAGGGAAAGGAGGCCUAAGUGCUUGGAGAUGGUUAUUCAUCUUUGACUUUGUCCUUGCUGUACCUAUUGCCAUCUACGGAAUUUUCUGCUUCCCUGAUACCCCGCACACGUCAAAAGCAUGGUAUCUCAGUGCCUGGGAACGCCAACGAGCAAUUGAACGCAUUGAAGAAGAAGGUCGAAAACCCAUCGGGAAAAUGGACCUAACAGUCCUGAAGAGAAUCCUCACAUCAUGGUGCUGCUGGUCCCUAACCGCUGGCUCCUACAUAAUGCAAUUCUUCGGCCUCUGGCUGAAAUCGCAACACUACUCCGUAACAAACAUAAACAAUAUCCCGACCAUCAUCGGUGCUGUAAACUUCUUCUUCAUGAUAAGCACCGGCUACGCAUCCGAUAUUAUUGGUUCUCGUGCCCCAGUUACGGCGGUCGUGGGCUCGCUGCUUACGUUCUGCUACAUUGUUCUCACUGUCUGGACCGUACCCAAUGCAUUGAAGAUGGCGGCUUUCUGUCUCGCGGGUUGCUAUGGAUGUUUCUCGCCGCUACUCUACGGUUGGGUCAAUAGCAGUUGUGGAGGAGAUCAGCAUUUGAGGGCUUUUAUCCUGGCGUGGAUGACUUCGUUGGGAUUAGCGGUCGUUUCACCAUUCCAGUUAUAUCUGUUCCCCUCUAGCCAAGCGCCAGCGUACAAGGCCAAGCAUGGCUAUGCUGCGGCGCUGGUCUUUGUGGCAUUGCUUACUGUAUGGUCUUCUCUGGGUAUCUGGUUCGUUGAGCGAGUUGUGGCAAAACGUGCUCGUGCUGCUCCGAGUGGAGUCGAAGAUAGUGACCCUUCGGCUUCGAAUUACCUGGGCGGGGAGGCAAUUACUGUUGUGCAGCAAGGGAUGAAAUGA